GCUCACAGUUCCGGCCAGCAUGAAUGCACCAUCCCCGGCUUCUCAAGAUGGAAUGUACAGGGAUGAGAUUAAGCCACUGCCUUCUUCGGUGAUCAUGUUUCCCUUGAGAGGAGCCGAGAAGACCAACUCGAGCCGCAAAAGAAGUAAAUUCAACUCUGAACGACGUCACCAAGUCAAGAAUGUUCGCAAGCGUGGCGCAUGUAUGAGAUGCAGACUCUUGAAGAUCAAGUGCUCUGACGAUGACUUAUGUACCACCUGCUUGCAAGCUGCCAAGAUGUCACACAACCACGAGAAGCGGGUGCUGGGCUUCGUGAGCUGCGUUCGAACAUCCCUACUUGAUGUGAGCAUAUUUCCACACGUGAAACAGAGGGAUCUUUUCAGGCCUUCCUGGCUUGGAGAAGUUAUUGAGCGAGGACACCUUGGAAAUACGAACACUUUGAGCACCGCUUUCGCACAAGCCAACUUCCUUGACGAUCUUCCUAUGGUAUUUUACACAUUCCUAUAUGCCAACUUCAUUGACGAUCUUCCUAUGGUAUUUCACACCUUCCUAUAUCAAAUGAAUCUCUCGGCGUUAGAUUCCGCCGCUGAAGUCCUUGAGUUUGAUUGGGAUCUUUCAGGGAGACAAGAACGAGCAGCGGUUAUGGGGCUAGCAGAAAAUACAGAGUCUCAUUCAUCGGUGUUGCUACUCGAGGAAUCCAAUCCUAAGAACCUCAAAUUCACUGCCUUUACCGGCCAUCAAUACCUGAAGAUACUUGAAAGACUACUCCGGCCAAGUUUUUUAUCAUCAUGCACUCUCAAACGCCUUCGCGCAAUCUUUUUCAUGGUUUUCGGAACAACUCUAACAGUGGGACUCGCUGAUCCCGCUGUUGCUCUUCCGCCAUUCCCAGAUGACGGUUCUAUGAGAACUGGAAAUUCGCGAACUCUCUACGACGUAUUGAGGAACCAUCUGUGCCAGAUGCUAACACAUUAUAUGGCAUUUAUUGGGUCCAAACUCGGAUAUUUGGAAUCGGUGGAGCUGAACAACAACCUGGAAGCCAGAGACUGGGCGGAAUCAACAGGGCUGUGGGAAAGGGGCUUGCUGGUCUGGAUCCUGCACUGGCAAAAUCGUAACUUUGAUCAACACUGGCUAAAGACUUGGAGUUCUUUCCUUAAAGGUGAAUUUAGUUGUUCAUUGGACUCCGGACAUUAGAGAAAACCUUCUUUCCUUUUUCCUUUUAAGCAACAUAGACAUCCAGGCGCCAUAUGAUGGGCUGCGAUGUGCAGGUGGUAGACUUUUUAGCACAAAUAUUGCCUCUGC